CACAUUCGUUACAUUCAGACUUCUACCCAAACCCACAAUUAAUCUUUAGAGUUAUUCAAUUUUGGCUAACACAUGGAUCCGAAAAUCUGCACAAAGAAGGAGGAAGUUACAAGUAUGUUGGUAGAACAUGGGAAAGCAACCAAGCACUCCAUGACCUUGACACGUAGCCCACUAAGGCUACAAUUCGAGGAAGAGGAAGAGGAAGAGGAGAUGUUUCAGAGUAAAAAAGGUGAGAUGGUUAAAAUAAAAAAGCAAGAAAGGAAAAGAGAGAGAGAGAGCAGAGAAGGAAGAAGAGCAGCAGAAAAAAAUCUGAAGCUUUGCAUAGGACCCUUUUUAAAAUAUGCUGUUGGGCCGGGCCAGGCUCCACGUUGCUCAAAACCGCGAGAACGGAGCCUAUUGCAGCAUACACCAGCUGCAAAGCAGAGUAUGCAAGCCAUGUCCACACCAGAUGCAGCAUCAAAGGUUGAAGCAGCUGCAACUGCUAAGAAUGGAGAAAGAUAAUGUUAUUAGCUCAUUUUGUUAAUUAGUUGGUUCGUCUGUUUAAUUUUUGCUGAGUUGUAUUGCCUAGCUGGCAGUUGCCAUGUGAAGACAUGUGAAGUCAUAUGAGAGUUAG